AUGGCGUUUUGGUGGCCUCUGCUCGUCCUCGGAUUCGCUUACGCCAUUUGCAAAUUCCUCUUUAUGCUCAUUCCCCCUAAUGUGCCUUCCAUCGAAGUCGAUGCUUCUGAUGUGUUGGAUGAUGGGAACCAGACGCAGGAGAAUGGUUUCAUAUAUGUACCUCCGAGGGGAAGGACACCGCAAGCUGAUACAAAGGUUCAGUGCUAUGAACCUGCAACCAUGAAAUACUUGGGAUAUUUCCCUGCACUGACACCAGAUGAGGUCAAGGAGCGGGUAGCACAAGCAAGGAAGGCACAGAAAAUAUGGGCAAAGAGUAGCUUCAAGCAAAGACGCCAGUUUCUCCGGAUUCUUCUAAAGUAUAUAAUUGAACACCAAGAGCUUAUAUGUGAAAUAUCUUCACGUGAUACGGGGAAGACGAUGGUAGAUGCCUCUCUAGGGGAAAUAAUGACAACAUGUGAGAAGAUCACUUGGCUCCUUUCAGAGGGUGAGCGUUGGCUAAAGCCUGAAUACAGAUGUUCUGGAAGGUCAAUGCUUCACAAGAAAUCCAAAGUGGAAUUCCACCCGCUUGGCGUUAUUGGUGCCAUUGUGUCAUGGAAUUAUCCUUUUCAUAAUAUCUUUAAUCCAAUGCUGGCAGCAGUUUUUUCUGGAAAUAGUAUUGUGAUUAAGGUUUCAGAACAUGCAAGUUGGUCUGGUUGUUUCUACUUCCGAAUAAUCCAAUCAGCCCUUGCUGCUGUAGGAGCACCUGAAAAUCUAGUUGACGUCAUUACUGGAUUUGCUGAAACUGGAGAAGCGCUGGUGUCUUCUGUUGACAAGAUAAUAUUUGUCGGAUCACCUGGUGUGGGUAAGAUGAUAAUGAGAAAUGCUGCUGAGAUGCUUAUACCAGUUACACUAGAACUUGGUGGAAAAGAUGCAUUUAUUGUUUGUGAAGAUGCAGAUGUGGAACAUGUUGCCCAAAUUGCUGUGAGAGCUGUUCUUCAGUCAAGUGGACAGAACUGUGCUGGGGCUGAGAGAUUUUAUGUUCAUGAGGACAUUUAUUCUUCAUUUGUCAGCCAAGUUUCCAAGAUUGUAAAAUCUGUUACUGCUGGUCCACCACUUGCUGGAAAGUAUGAUAUGGGAGCUAUAUGUUUGCAAGAGCACUCUGAAAGGCUUCAAAACCUUGUAAAUGAUGCCUUAGACAAAGGAGCAAAAUUUGUUGUUCGGGGAAGUGUUGGCCAUAUAGGUGAAGGUGCAGUUGAUCAGUUUUUCCCACCUACUGUAAUAGAAAAUGUAAAUCACACGAUGAAGUUGAUGCAAGAGGAGGCAUUUGGACCAAUCAUGCCAAUAAUGAAAUUUAGCACUGAUGAAGAGGCUGUCAAGCUUGCUAAUGACUCAAAAUAUGGACUUGGCUGUGCUGUUUUUUCUGGCAGCCAGCGUCGUGCAAAAGAGAUAGCUUCCCAGAUACAUUGUGGAGUUGCUGCAAUCAAUGAUUUCGCAUCAACAUACAUGUGUCAGUCCCUGCCAUUUGGCGGUGUAAAAGACAGUGGAUUUGGAAGAUUUGCUGGUGUAGAAGGAUUGCGAGCUUGUUGUCUUGUAAAGUCAGUUGUUGAGGAUAGAUGGUGGCCAUACAUUAAAACCAAGAUACCAAAGCCUAUUCAGUAUCCUAUUGGGGAGAAUGGUUUUGAGUUCCAGGAGUCACUUGUUGAAGCACUCUAUGGCAUGAACAUUUGGGACCGUUUGCGAGCAUUGGUUAAUGUUCUAAAGAUUCUUACAGAGCAAAACUCUCCUGCUAACAGUAAGAGAAGAGAUGACUGA